CCAACAACCCCUUCCAUUUCCCCUUUCUCUAUCUUCUUUUUUCUUUAAUUGAGGGCAGUUGAUAUUAGUUUAGUUUCAAAGAGAUUAAACAUGAAGAUUGAUGUCCAAGUAAUCUCCAACCAAGACAUUAGACCAUCUUCUCCGACUCCGCUCCACCUCCGCCGCUACCAACUCUCCUUUCUUGAUCAAAUCGCGCCCCCUAGUUUCAUGCCUUCGGUUAUGUUCUAUCCCAGAGAGAACAUCACCAACAGUCUAGAACCAGCUGAGAAGUUAAAGAAAUCUUUGUCUGAAGCUUUAACUAUCUUUUACCCGUUAGCAGGACGUAUCAAGGACAAUGCUUACGUCGACUGCAACGACCAAGGUGUGUACUUUGUCGAAGCUAAGGCUAAUUGCAACAUGUCUGACAUUCUCGAUUGUCGAGAUCCCGCUGACAAUAACACCUUCAUUCCUCUUGAACUCGAUGGUGGUGAUGAGUUACCCCUCAUGGUCCAACUCACCCAUUUGGAGUGCGGCGGCCUGGUGCUCUCCGUUGGUAUGUCACAUAAGGUUAGUGAUGCCUUAUCGUUCUUCAUGUUUAUCAACUCCUGGGCUUCCAUGGCUCGUGGGAACGCUGACAUAAUAAAUAUUCCUCCUUUUCAUUCCGCCGUACUGUUUCCACCAAAAGAUAUAUCCGGAUUUCAUCCGAGGACUGGAAUUGUUAAGGAGAAUAUUAUGACCAAAAGGUUUGUGUUCGACGCAUCUUCAGUGGCGAUACUACGAGAGAAAUAUGCUUAUAACGGAAAGCGUCCAACUCGGGUGGAGGCUUUAUCUUCCUUCAUAUGGAACCGGUUCAUGGUCGCCACACAACCAAAAACUGAUGAGGGAAAGCUGUACACCGUGCUUCAUGCAGUGAACUUGCGACCGCGAAUGAACCCUCCACUUCCGAACUACUAUUUCGGAAACCUUAGCCGGGUGGCAGUCACAGCGCCGCAAAGAGUUGGAGAAGAUGAAUUUCGUAGCAUUGUUCGCAAGAUGAGCGAGGCUGUAAAGAAAGUGGAUGCAGAGUAUGUAAAGAAACUCCAGGAAACGAACGGGCACCUGGAUUUCAUCAAAAAGAGAGGUCAAAGUGUCAUGAAAGGGGAGGUGGUGAGUUUUAGCUUCACCAGUUUGUGUAGAUUUCCCGUAUACGAAGCUGACUUUGGAUGGGGAAAGCCUGUGUGGGUUGCGGCAGCCCGCCUGCCUUUCAAGAAUUUGGUUAAUUUCUUCGACACUAAAAGUGGGGAUGGGAUAGAGGCGUGGAUCAACUUGAAGGGGGAAGACAUGGUCAAGUUUGAAACAGACAAAGAGCUCCUAUCCUAUGUUAAUUCUUCGUCCCCUAAUGUCAAAGUUUCUGGUGCUAACUAAUAGUGUCGUUUUUUCAUUUUUCUUCCAGUGAGAAGUGCUUAGUGAAAAUGACAUUUUCUGUCACAUAUGGUAUCAAUUAAUUAAGUUUGUAAAGUUAU